AUGGAGUACAAUCAAUCUCAAGAAAUGCAAGAACCCAGUAUCGAUCCUGACAAACUCAGUUACGAAAUCUUUUCAAUUCUUGAAAGCAAGUUUCUCUUCGGCUAUGAUGAUCAAAAGCUCUGGAUUCCUAAACAGAUCUCUCCUGCAACAAUUGAAGCAAAGCCCGAGUCGCAUAAUCCUUCAGUUCUCACGGAAAAUAACAGCAACGGGCUGUCUGCAAUCAAGAAUCAACGAGGCAAAAUCUGCAUAUUGUCUAUUGAUGGUGGUAGCAGCCUAAAAGGGAUUAUUUCAGGGAAAGCAUUGGCUUAUCUUGAAAACGCGUUGAAAGUGAAAUCAGGCAAUCCUGACGCCAGAAUUGCCGAUUAUUUUGAUGUGGCAGCCGGAACUGGAAUUGGUGGAAUCUUCACGGCCAUGCUUUUCGGCACCAAAGACCACAACCGUCCGAUCAUGCAAGCUGAGGAGACUUGGAAGUUCUUAGCUGAUCAGGGUAAGAAACUUUACAAUUCUGGUACCAGAAAUGGUGGGUUUUUAAAGCGGUUUUUCAAAGGGAGCUCGACCGGUUCAACCGCUGCCACAGCCGGAUUAGAGAAGACCAUGAAGGAGACAUUCAGCGAUAAAGGCCGGAAUUUGACGUUGAAGGAUACUUUAAAGCCGGUUUUAAUUCCUUGUUAUGACCUCUCCAGUACGGCGCCGUUUUUGUUCUCUAGAGCGGAUGCAUUGGAAACGGAUAGUUUUGACUUCCGGCUUUGGGAGGUUUGUCGGGCUACAUCCGCUGAACCGGGUUUGUUUGACCCGAUUUUAAUGGGGUCCGUAGACGGUCAGACCAGGUGUUUGGCUGUUGAUGGCGGUUUAGCCAUGAGUAACCCGACCGCAGCAGCGAUCACUCAUGUGCUGCAUAAUAAGCAGGAAUUUCCAUUUGUUAGAGGAGUUGAGGAUUUGUUGGUGCUGUCAUUAGGGACUGGUCAGAGUCUUGAGGUUAGUUAUGAUUACGAGCAGGUUAAGAAUUGGAGGGCCAAGCAGUGGGCUCGACCGAUGGCUCGAAUUUCGGGUGAUGGUUCGGCAGAUUCAGUGGACCAGGCAGUGGCCAUGGCAUUUGGUCAGUGUAGGAGCAGUAACUAUGUAAGAAUUCAGGCAAAUGGGUCCAAUUUGGGAAGAUGUGGACCCAAUGCGGACACAGACCCUAGUCCUAACAAUGUAAAGCUGCUGAUUGGAAUAGCAGAGGAAAUGUUGAAGCAGAAAAAUGUAGAAUCUGUGCUGUUUGGUGGCAAGAGGAUUGGAGAGCAAAGCAAUUUUGAGAAACUUGAUUGGUUCGCUGAACAGCUUGUGCUAGAGCAUCAGAGGAGGAGCUGCAGAAUUGCUCCCACUGUUGCUUUCAAGCAAGCUGCCACCAAUACAACCUAG